AACAACUAUCUGAAGUUCACAAUCUGAUCACAUCACCAUCUUCAAUGGACCUGUCAUUGCCAGGCCCAAACGACAAAGACGACGACGUUUUCUUCGAUGCGAUUCAUCACUGCCCCUUUCACCAUUGCUCCGACAUCGCCGAUAAUUCGCCGGAAUCUUCCGCCUCUGCUUCCAUUGUUUGCGGCCCUGACACUCACCCUACAACCUCGGCGACCACAAUCCGGCGCCGUUCAAUUCGCCGUGUAUCGCCUGUUAGGGAAUCGACAGACGCCGAUUCCGAGAGCGAUUUGAUCAACGGUGCCAGCACCAGCUCCCGAAGGAAUCGAAAUCUUGAAAAAUUGAAGGAAAAUGAGAAUUUUGAGGAGAUACGCGAGUCAUAUGAAGGGGAAGUGUGUUCCUUUCCAUCUCCAAGUGUUGUGACCGUAGAAUCGACGUUAACUACAUCUGCAAACGAAGAUGGACCCGGCGAUUCCGCUGACUCGGCGGCGGAACUCGGUGAUUCCCCUUCGAAUUGGCUUGAAUAUGUUGUAGGGUUGUUGAUUAGGGCAAUUUUGUUUCAAAUCAAAAUUUUCUUUGUGUUGAUAAGGUGCCCUAUGUUGUUUAUGUUUCAUGCAUGCAUGUUUUUUGUGGACCCAUUUGGAACAUUGAGAAAGGGCAAGGGUUUUUUGUUGGGGAUAUUUGGUAGAGUGUUGUGUUGUGUUGGUCCUUCAGCUCAGAGAUGGUUCAGGGAGCACAAGUCAUUGUUGGAUGUUGCCUUUAGGUGUGGAUGGGGUUUCUUGUGGUCAAUCUAUGUUUGUUGCAUUUUGUUUGCUCUUUUAGUUUCCUCAAUUGUGGUUAGUGUGUUUUUGGUGAAGUUCUUGGUGGAGAAGCCAUUUCAGAUGAGGCAAGUUUUGAAUUUUGACUACACCAAGCAGAGUCCUGUUGCAUAUGUUCCUAUAAUAUCAUGUGCUGGUGUUGGUGUCGGGCAAGCUUCGGAAAAUGACAUAGUAGUUAGUAAGUGGAUGGGUGGAAGGAUUAUACCUGCUAAACAAAAGGUGCAGGUCACUGUUUCAUUGCUGGUGCCAGAGUCAGAUUACAACAAAAAUCUUGGGGUGUUUCAGAUCAGGGUAGACUUCUUAUCUUCUAAUGGUAAAACAAUUUCAAGUUCGAGCCAACCUUGCAUUUUAAAAUUCAGAAGUGAGCCUAUCCGCCUAAUAACGACUUUCCUCAAGAUUGCUCCUCUUGUUACUGGUUAUAUAUCAGAAACCCAGACCCUGAACAUCAAGAUGAGAGGCUUUGUUGAAGGGGAUGUACCUAUUUCAUGCCUAAAAGUAACCCUUGAGCAGCGAGCAGAAUAUCUACCCGGUGCUGGCAUUCCUCAAAUAUACGAGUCAUCCAUAUUUAUUGAAGCAGAACUUCCCCUAUUCAAAAGGAUUAUAUGGCAUUGGAAGAUAAUCAUAUUUAUAUGGAUCACAAUGAUGACAUUCAUGAUGGAGUUACUCUUUGUUCUAGUGUGUUGUUGGCCUAUAAUUAUUCCAAGAAUCAGGCAAAGAAGUGGUUCUGAUCGCGGUACUGGUACCCAAAACAAUCUUCAGGCACCAAGUUGAGACUAAUUAUUUUCCCCGGCUUCGUGACAAUGGUGAAAAAAGUUUUUCAUUGUCCAACAGUAUAACCUAGCAUAUUCUGACGUGUAGAUCUCAGUUAGUGAGGCAUCCUAACUUAAAUUCUUUUUUUUCUUCCUACUUUUCUUUCUGUAAUUUCCUUUCCGAUCACAA